UUUCCCUCCAGGACCUGGGGGUGAGGCUAGCUUGUGGGUGCCCUGGGAAGGAUUCCCACAAGAGGGGACCCACCUCCUAGAGCACUCCUGCUAGGAGGGGGGGACGCACUUUGGGGGAGGCUCCCUCCUCUCUGCCCUCCUUCUGCUCCCAAGGGCCCUUCCUCUGUCCCCACUUGUCUUUGGCUCUGUCCGCCUUCACUAUCUUCCUUUUUCUGCCUUCCUCGUCCUCCUGGCUUCCACACUCUAUUAUCCUGGCUUGUCCUUUUUCCUUGUUUUGCCCUCCUGGCUUUGGGUUCAGGAUCCUUCUACUUGUUCCCAUCUCUGACCCUCCCCUCUGUCUGUCUCCCAGUCUGCUGGCUGGUCAGCUCCCUAUCAAUCCCCUGCCCAGUCUUCCCUAGCACCUCCCCCUUCAUACUUCAGGUCCCAGUACUCCCGGUUCUCCCGCCCUCAGGAGCCUCCUCCCUCAGGAGAACUUGAGGCUUAAACUCCUCCUCUGCCCCUCCCCCUGCUCUGCUCACUUUUAAUUGAGAUGCUAAUGAGGCUUCCAGUUGCUUACAUCCCGGUCUGGCCGGCUGGCUCCCGGGCCAGGCCGCUGCACCUGUCAGGGCUCAUGAAGGGGGACAAGAUUGAGGAGCAAGACCCCGACCCUUCCCAGCCCAUCCAAGGGCGAAUGAAGGGGGAUAAGCUUGAGGAGCAGGGGCCAGGUCCUGAGCCUGCAGCCCCCCAGCAGCCCACAGAGGAGGAGGAGGCCCUGAUCGAGUUCCACCGCUCCUACCGAGAGCUCUUCCAGUUCUUCUGCAACAACACCACCAUCCACGGUGCCAUCCGCCUGGUGUGCUCCCAGCACAACCGCAUGAAAACGGCCUUCUGGGCAGUGCUCUGGCUCUGCACCUUCGGCAUGAUGUACUGGCAGUUCGGCCUGCUUUUUGGGGAGUACUUCAGCUACCCUGUCAGUCUCAACAUCAACCUUAACUCAGACAAGCUCGUCUUCCCUGCCGUUACUGUCUGCACCCUCAACCCCUACAGGUAUACCGAAAUUAAAGGGGAGCUGGAGGAGUUGGACCGCAUCACAGAGCAGACGCUCUUUGACCUGUACAAAUACAACGCCUCCAACACCAUCGUGACCCAUGCGCGGGGCCGGCGCGAUCUCCGGGAGACUCUGCCGCACCCCUUGCAGCGCCUGCAGGCCCCGCCCCCGCCUCAAGGGGCGCGCCGAGCUCGCCGCGCGGCCUCCAGCGUGCAGGACAACAACCCCCAGGUGGACUGGAAGGACUGGAAGAUCGGCUUCCAACUGUGCAACCAGAACAAAUCAGACUGCUUCUACCAGACCUACUCGUCAGGGGUGGAUGCUGUGAGGGAGUGGUACCGCUUCCACUACAUCAACAUUCUGUCAAGACUGCCAGACACCCUGCCUUCUCUGGAGGAGGACCUGCUGGGCAACUUCAUCUUUGCCUGCCGCUUCAACCAGGUGUCCUGCAAUGAGGCGAAUUACUCUCACUUCCACCACCCUGUGUACGGGAACUGCUACACUUUCAAUGACAAGAACAACUCCAACCUCUGGAUGUCUUCCAUGCCUGGGGUCAGCAAUGGUCUGUCCCUGAUGCUGCGCACAGAGCAGAACGACUUCAUUCCCCUGCUGUCCACGGUGACGGGGGCCCGAGUGAUGGUGCACGGGCAGGAUGAGCCUGCCUUUAUGGAUGACGGUGGCUUUAACUUGCGGCCUGGUGUGGAGACCUCCAUCAGCAUGACGAAGGAAGCUUUGGACAGACUUGGGGGCGAUUAUGGUGACUGUACCAAGAACGGCAGUGACGUCCCUGUCAAGAACCUUUACAGCCCUUCCAAGUAUACACAGCAGGUGUGUAUCCACUCCUGCUUCCAGGAAAGCAUGAUCAGGCAGUGUGGCUGCGCCUACAUCUUCUAUCCACGGCCCCGGGACGUGGAGUACUGCGACUACAGGAAGCACAAUUCCUGGGGCUACUGCUACUAUAAGCUUCAGGUUGACUUCUCCUCGGACCGCCUGGGCUGUUUUACCAAGUGCCGGAAGCCAUGUAGUGUAACCAGCUACCAGCUCUCUGCUGGUUACUCACGAUGGCCCUCAGUGACCUCCCAGGCUGAAGAGUAUCGGGGUGACCUUGGUGACAUUCCCAUUCUUUCCCAGGAAUGGGUCUUCCAGAUGCUAUCCCGGCAGAACAAUUAUACCAUCAACAAUAAAAGAAAUGGAGUUGCCAAACUCAACAUCUUCUUCAAGGAGCUGAACUACAAAACCAAUUCCGAAUCUCCCUCUGUCACGAUGGUCACCCUCUUGUCCAACUUGGGCAGCCAGUGGAGCCUGUGGUUUGGCUCCUCAGUGCUGUCUGUGGUGGAAAUGGCCGAGCUCAUCUUUGACCUCCUGGGCAUCACGUUCCUCAUGCUGCUCCGGAGGUUCCGAAGCCGAUACUGGUCUCCAGGCCGAGGGGGCAGGGGUGCUCGGGAGGUGGCCUGCACUCCACCUUCCAACCUACCUUCCCGCUUCUGCCCCCACCCCACGUCCCCACCCUUGUCCCAACCAGGCCCUGUUCCCCUCCCAGCCUUGGCAGCCCCUCCCCCUGCCUAUGCCACCCUGAGCCCCUGCAUAUCCCCAGCAGGCAUGGCAGCUCCCAGCUCCUCUGCCUGUCCUCUAAGGGAGCCCUGAGAGGGGAGAGUGCUCCUCCCCUCAAGUCAGGUGCUCCCCUGGAGAAGAGGACCUGCUUUGGCUGUUACAGGAUGUUUAGAAUUUCCUCCCAGAGCCACUGACUGCCUUUGGUGUGGGGGAGGGAAGCAGAAUGGGUGAGGAGCUCUGGAAGUUGCCCAGAGAACAAUGGCUAAUAAAGCUACCCAGAAUUUCUUUGGCUCCUGCAUACACCCCUUGUCCUGUCUCCGGACACUCUGAUUUCCCUACCCAAGGCCCACAAGUCUCUUUUUCGCUCAGAUUAGCCAAGCCAGACUUGGAGCUUUGACAAAGAACUUUUCCUAGGAAACGACCAAUGACCUGAGCACAACACAGACAAGGGCACACAAAGGCAUGUCCAGGUUUCCUGCACAAUGGUGACUGAAGCCAGCCCCAGCAGGGCCUGGACAUACUGCUUUCUAGUGACACAAGUGUCUGCUCCUCUUCUUGAACUUGGGUGGGGAACCCCACUCAAAAGCCCCCUUUGUUAGUUCUUGGGCAAUUCCCCUUCCCACAUGCCUUGGUGGGGGGUGCUGUAGUGAAGGAUUGUCCAUUCCCAGUCGGUCCCAGAAUUCCUCUAGCCUCAUACCCCAUCCCCCACAGAACCAUAUCCUAGCUCCUCUGCCCUGUGUCUGCACAUUUACUCAAGCUAUUUCUUCAGCCUGAAAAGUGUGCCUUACCAUCUCCUGGAAAACUCCUAUGCAUCCCUCAGAACCCUGCCUGCUCAGACACCAUUACUUUUGUGAAAGCUUCUGCCCAUCUUCCCUAGAAUUGAUCACUCCCCUAUUCCCUGGGCUCCCAUACCGUGUUACAUACAACAUCUGUGGGAGUGUUGAUUUUGGAUUAUAGUUUCUUAUUUGUGUCUGCCUCCCCAACUAAACUGUAAGCUCCUUGUGGUCAGGGCCUGAAUCUUGUUCAUUUAUGUAUGCUCCAGGUGUAGCCUAGUGUCCUGCUUGGAGCAAGUAGGCAGGUAUUCAAUAAAUGUUUGUUGCAUAAAUGAA